AUGGCAAAAUUGCUAGUGUUUUCUGCUAUCUGCUUGCUGCCGGUAAUUGCCAGUGCUGCCCGAAUUAUGGAUAACCCGUUGUUUGUAAAGGGUCGGGUCUACUGUGACACUUGUCGGUGCGGGUUUGAGACUUCUGCCACCAAAUACCAGGGUGCCAGUGUUAAACUUGAGUGCAGAACUCGUGACACCGCACAAGUCACCUAUAUGGUUGAGAGUGUGACAGACUCAACCGGAUCCUACAACAUCUUGGUGCAGGACGACCGUGAGGAUGAGGUAUGUGAGGCAGUGUUAGUAAAGAGUUCAGACCCUGAAUGCAACAUUCCAAGCUCUGGUCGGGACCAUGCCCGUGUCAUUCUUACCCGCAACAAUGGCAUGAACUCAAAUGCUCGUUUCGCCAAUGCCAUGGGAUUCCUCAAGAAUGAGCCUUUGGCUAGCUGCCCUCAAGUCCUCCAGAAAUACCAAGAAACUGAAGAUUGA